ACGAGGUAGGCGGUAGCUACCACAUGGAGAUGGAGGGCCUGAAGAGAAGCCUUGCAUUGUUGAAGGAGCGCAAGGUGACCCUUGACUGUAUAGUGACAGACCGACACCUGCAGAUCCAAAAGUUCCUGAGGGAAGCUGGCAUCAACCAGUACUAUGACGUCUGGCACGUGGAAAAAGGAAUUUCAAAACGGCUGGAGAAGAUCAGCAAAAGAAAAGACUGCCAGAAGCUGAAAAAGUGGAUGCGGGCCAUAAGGAAUCACAUAUACUGGACUGCGGCAACAUCUGCGUCAGGACCAGAGAGGGUGGCAAAAUUUACCUCCAUCCUUAACCAUGUCCGUGACGUCCACAUCCACGAGGACUCCAAUUUCCCAGCCUGUCUGCAUCCAGUUCGCAAAACCCGCGACAAGAACAAAUGGCUGACAGCAGGAACUCCAGCGUUCUACCAGCUGGAAAAGGUGCUGAGUGGCAAAAGAGUCCUCAAGGACAUUGCUAAACUUAGCCCCCACCACCAGACUUCAUCAUUAGAAUCAUUUCACAGUGUGAUCUUGCAAUUUGCUUCAAAAAAUGUGGUGUUUCCUUUCCUUGGGAUGCUUUGCAGACUCUACCUGGCUGCUCUGCAUUACAAUGAGAAUGCGGCACGAGACCAGGCCACCUCAUCCUCUGGGGAACCUCUCUACAGGAUGCAUUUCCCAAAGUACAGGAAGGGAGAGUGCAGGGUAAAACCCAUCAAAACAGAGACAAAAUUCCGGUAUGUGGAAGACUUGAUGGGCUUCAUCAUGGGCGAGGUCUUUGUGGACCCAGAAGCAUACAGGGAGGAACUCUUGAAAAUUAGCAUUCCUCCGGACCUGUCCUCAGAGUUUGAACACCCAGAGAAGGAGGAGGUGAUCGCCAACUACGUGUCUCGCUUCAAUCCAGGGGAGGCAGUUUGAAGCCCACGUAUUGUCCUUGGCUGUCAGGAAACCUGUAACGACUAAAAAAAAACAUCGCAUUAGUUAGCAGGCUACUUAAUCUGUCAGUUCUGUCAAAAGUG